AAUUAUAAUUUAGAAUAAUGGCACAUGUAACUACAUAUUUUGCAUCCCGAGAUUAUACAAAACCUGCGAUUGAUCGUCGCAUUGCUGAAUUAUUGAAAAGAAGAAUUGGUUUAGAAAGUUUACCCACAGAAACAUUAAAAGAACGUCUUGAAAAAUUUAAAGAGAACCGAAGUGUAAGGCAAGGGUUGUUGAAAGUAACACAUAGGCAGGUCCUGGAAGUUGUAGCUUACAUUUUAAAUAUAGAUGCUGAUCUCCUGGAAGAAGGAGUUAUUGAUAAAGAUGAAUACAUUAAUGUUUUUGAUAGUUUCUUUGCUAAAGAUGGAAAGCGUGCAAUUCUUAUUCAUUUUCAACCUAUGGGACCUCCACCAUUUGAAUCUGGACGAUGGAAUCCACAAUUUGAGCAUGAAAAUCAGAUGAUACGUUGCUGUGUUACUGAUGGUUCCACUGAAAAAUUUUCUGGCAGAUGUGUUAUAGUUUACAGAAUAAAAUCAGACAUUGAUUUUGAAUCUAAACACCUUCUUGAAGAAACAUAUUAUGCAUAUGCAGAAGCUGACCCUGUAUCUCAGAGUGCACUUGCAGCUAUGUCAGAGUUAAUUUUAAGAUUCAAUUUACCUGCAAUAACAGUUAAUACAAUGUGGGGUGAAUUAUCAAAAGCUGAAGCAGGAGAAAAAGUUAUAAAUAAUUUCGUUUGCGAUUUUAGAGAUUUUUGUGAAUUUUUAAGCAUGACUAAACUAGAUCUAGAGAAUACAAUAAAUUUUUAUACUGACUGGGAGCUAUAUAAUAAGUACUUAGCAAUACCAGAAAAUACACAGAAUAUUAAUGAUCCAGAAGUUAUUCAUGCUAUAGAAGAUAAUGUCAGAUUAUGGAUGAAAAGUAUGGAACGGGCUAUUGUUGAGAGUCAACAAUUACGCCGAGAAUCUGAACUUAUGGGACCAAAUGAAGAACUUAGUUAUUGGAGAAGAUUACUUGCUCGUUUUUCAUCAAUUAUUGAACAUAUAAAAUCUCCUUCUACUCAAAGAUAUAUAGACUUCUUAAUUAGGGUGAACUCAAAACAUAUGAAGAAAUGGAAAAUGUUGGAAAAUCAUGUCAAAACGAUACAAAUUCUUGCACAAGAUAAUGUGAAGUAUUUAUAUGCAUUGGAAAAAUUUACUCAGCCAUUAUAUAGACUUGAUCCUACACAAAUGGGAAAAUAUUUACCUCCUCUUAUGUAUGCUAUACGAAUGAUCUAUGCUACUUCACGAUUUUUUAAUACAAGGAGAAUGGUUACAGCAGUUUUUGUAAAGAUGACAAAUCAAAUGAUUUUAGCAUGUAAAGCUUAUCUAACUGACAAUGGCAAAAUAAAUAUUUGGAAUGAAUCCAAAUCUGUUAUGAUAUCCAAAAUAAAGGAUUGUACAAAAUUAUGCGAUCAGUAUUAUGAAUAUUAUAAUGACAUGUGCAAACAAGUUAAAGAAUCUGCUGAUGAAAAACCUUUUGAAGUAUCAGAAAUGUAUGUUUUCGGAAAAUUUAAUACAUUUAAAUCACGAAUAAUAAAAAUUAUGGAUGUUUUUCAAACAGCAUUAACAUAUCUAAUUCUUUAUAGUUCUGCAAUACAGGGAAUAGAUACGUUUGCAAACAAAUUCUUCAGUUUUUUUCAGCAUAUUUCAUCGCAAAAUUAUGAUCCAUUAAAUCACAGGAAACCGUACUUUGACGCUGACUAUGAUAAAUUUAAGAAAGAUGUAGAAGAAACAGAAAUUGAAUUAAGAAAUUUCUUUUAUAAAUGCGUAUCAGAAACUCCUAACAUAACAGAAGCAUUAAGAGUAGUAGCAAGAUUUGAAAAGCUGAAGUUUAAACAUUUGAGAAUUGAUAGAAAGUACUUGGAACUUAUUGUAUUGUUUCAAAAAGAAAUCGAAGAUGUACGAGAUAGAUACAACGAGGACAGAUCAGAUCCACCGCUACCACGAAAUAUUCCACCUAUUGCUGGUCGAAUUUUAUGGAUUCGACAGCUUUACCGGCGUGUCGAAGAACCGAUGGAAAUAUAUAAAAAAUGUAUAAGAGUACUUAGCCAUGAUCGUAUGCAGAAAUGUAUUAAGAUUUACAAUGCUUUAAUCAAUGUCUUUAUACAUUAUGAAUUAAUAUACCAUAAAGCAUGGUAUGAUUCAUCCGAAAUUGUUCGAUUAGCAUUAGCUUCACCUCUACUUAUACGGCAUCCAGAUACAAAUAAAUAUCACUUAAAUUUUGAUUCUUAUAUUAUUGAAGUGAUACGUGAGUCAGAACACAUGGCUAGAUUUAACUUAGAAAUACCGGACUUUAUACAGAUCAUAACAUUCUGUAAAGAUAAAAUUUUUUCAUCCUAUGAAACUGUGAAACAAUUAGUCGAAGAAAAUAAUGCAUUGAGGCGAAAAAUUCCAACAUUGUUUCUAAAUUUGAUAAAAAGUGUUCUUGUUAAUCUUGAGAUUGCUUUUCAACCCUGUCUAUCAGUGGUAACAUGGACAAGUUUGAAUAUCUCUGAAUCAUGUGAAGAAAUAAAAAAAGCUAUUCGAUCUAUGCAAGUCUUUGUAAAAGAGAUAACAGACAUGAAGGAGGCAAGAGUUGAUGAAAUCUUUGAGUCUAUUGCAGAUGCUAUAUUAGUGAAACUUAAUGGUCAACCAAAACCUCCAACACAGUUAUUGGAUGAUAAUAUUGCUUUUGGAAGUACAGUUGCUUCUGACAUCGAAAUAAAAUCGUCAGCAGCAGAAAAAGCUGUCAUAACAAUUAUUAAUAAAUUUAUGGACUACAUAAUUGAUGAGUCCGUUCAAAAUGUAAAGUAUAAUUGGAUGGAUCCAGAGAAAGUGUAUAAAUAUGCCUCAGAGACUAAAUUAACAAAAGGGAAAUAUGAACCAGGUUUUGCUCCCAUUGAAAGAACACACAAAGUUCAAAUAAAUAAAGUUCAUAAUGAUUGCAUGGAAUUAUUUGCAUAUUUUCACGGUAAACUUAUAGAAGCUUUAGUAAAAUGCACUAGGAAUUCCUUUGAAUUGUUAAAGAAAAAGGUCAUAGUUUUAAGUUCUUCGGCGAAUGGUGACAACGAUACAAGAGAAGAAUCUCCAAUUCUGUUAACUACAUUUGUUCUGCAAAUACCAAAUAUUGUAAUAGUACCUCCGAUAGAAGAACUACAACAUUACUUUGGGAAAUUAGUGAUUACCGUUUUAGAGAACCAUACAAAAAUUAUUACUUGGGGACAGCGUUAUUCAACUACAGACAAAACAAACUCUGUAGAUAAUAGAACACUUAAGAACUACUACGAUACGAUUUCUGAUCAUAAAGAAAUAGUUCGCGCUGUAAUGAGUUUACAAGGCGCAAUUUUAGCAGUAAAGGAUGAUGUAGCGCAAAUCGGCAAUAUGUAUUUACGAUUCUCAUUCAUAUGGUCUGAAGAUAGAAGUAAAAUCAUCCAGAGUUUUGUUAAUUCUGAACCAAUUUCUCAAGAGAUUAAAGAAAAAUUUAUAGAAUACAAUGACUUAAUUUCCGAAAUUGAAAAAUUGCCGAACAAGCACAUAGUCGGUCCUAUAGAAAUUAACAUGGAAAAAUUAAAAUUUGCACUUUUAGUUGAAGCACGUACAUGGAAAACAUUAUUAGGUCAAGUGUUGUCUGGUACAUAUAAAGCAAAAUUAAAAAGGAUUACUGAUUACAUCAACGAGAAGAAUAAGGUUCUAGCGAGAGAAAUAAAGGACUUAGAAGAUGUAAGGGUCGCCAUGAAAUGUUUAGCCGAAAUAAGAGACGAUUUUAUAUCAUUGGACAUGGAAUUAAUAUUGAUAGACGAAACGUACAAUUUAAUGGCAAAAUUUAACAUCCCUAUAUCAAAAGAAGAACAAGAUAUCGUGGACAGUCUACGAUACAAUUUUACAAAUAUGUUGAACACGGCUAAACAAGUACAAGCAAAAAUAUGCGAAAUGCAAGAGCCACUGAAGAAAGAAUUAACAGACGGUGUAGCAAUUCUGAAACAGGAUGUGAUUAAUUUUGAUCUUGAUUUUGAGCUUAAUGGUCCGAUGGUUGAGGGUAUACCAGCUAAAGAAGCAAGUGAUAGACUUAUUCUGUUUCAAGGCCGUCUGGAAGAAUUGUGGGAAAGGUAUGAGACUUACAGUAGCGGAGAAAGUUUAUUCGGUAUUGAAAGCACGGAAUAUCCUGCUCUUCAUCAGAGAAAGAGAGAAAUCAAUUUAUUACAGAAAUUAUAUAGCUUAUAUUUGCAAGUGAAUCGAACUAUCGACAGUUACUUUGAGAUACCUUGGUCUGAAAUUGAUAUCGAAUCCAUAAUAACCGAACUAGCUGAUUUUCAGAAUAGAUGUCGACGACUACCAAGAGCCAUGACAGACUGGCCAGCAUAUAUCGACUUGAAAAAGAAGAUCGAUGACUUUAACGAGACUUGUCCGCUGCUGGAAUUAAUGGCAAAUAAGGCAAUGCAAGAAAGACACUGGGAAAGAAUGUCAAAGCUGUGUAAAUAUAACUUCAACGUUGAAUCAGAAAACUUUACAUUGGCAAAUGUGAUGGAGGCACCUCUAUUAAAAUACAAAGACGAUGUUGAGGAUAUAUGUAUCAGUGCAGUGAAAGAGCAAGAUAUAGAGAGCAAAUUAAAACAAAUUAUCGCAGAAUGGGCUGUUAUAAAUUUACAGUUUUCCCAGUUCAAGCAACGAGGAGAAUUGCUCCUGAAAGGCGUAGAAACAAACGAGAUAAUAUCUCAUCUCGAGGAUAGCUUGAUGGUGAUCAGUUCACUUUUAGCAAACCGAUACAACGCGCCUUUUAAAAAAGAUAUUCAACUAUGGCAAAGUAAACUAAGUAACACCUCUGAAAUCUUAGCGAAAUGGUUGACUGUGCAAAAUUUAUGGGCCUAUUUGGAAGCAGUAUUUAUUGGUGGCGAUAUAUCGAAGCAAUUGCCAGCAGAAGCAAAACGUUUCAAUAAUAUCGAUAAAGCUUGGAUAAAAAUCAUGUAUCGAGCACGCGAAAAAUUGAAUGCGGUGGAAACAUGUACAGGCGAUGAAACAAUGGGGCAAUUUUUACCACAUUUGUUGGAACAAUUGGAAUCCUGUCAGAAAUCUCUUAGCGGGUAUUUGGAAACAAAGAGAAGUGUAUUCCCAAGGUUCUGUUUUAUAUCAGAUCCUACAUUGCUAGAAAUACUCGGUCAAGCAGCCGAUUGUCACACUAUACAAAAUUAUCUCGAUGGAUUCUUUGACAACAUAGCAAAGAUGGACUUUUCUGAAAAAGAAUACGAGAAGAUUAUAGCCAUGUAUUCGCGCGAAAAGGAAAAGGUGGUAUUAGAAAAAGAGGUUGUAUGUACAGGAGGUGUAGAAAACUGGCUGAAUACUUUGUUAGUGGCACAUCAAUUUUCUGUGGGCUGUGUGAUCUCGCAAGGGCUGCAAACACUCGAUAACGAUGACUUUGAUAUCAUACACUUGAUAGAUAAUUCAAUUUUACAAGUGGGUCUAUUAGCUUUACAAGUCCUGUGGACUCGAGAUGCUGAGGUAGCACUAAAGACAGCAAAACGGGACAGAGGAGUGAUGAAAAGAACUAACGAAUGGUUUCUUGACUUGUUAAAUAGCCUUAUUGAAGUCACUGUUAAAGAUUUGACGAAAUACGCUAGAGCAAAAUAUGAGGCUUUAAUUACAAUUCAUGUACAUCAAAGGGACAUAUUCGAUGAGCUGUUUCACCAUAGAGUCCGCAAUAUACUCGAUUUCGAAUGGUUAAAGCAGAUCAGAUUUUAUUAUAAUCCUGAUAACGAAGACAUUCCUAUUCAAAUCACAGAUAUUGAUUUCACUUAUCAAAAUGAGUUCUUAGGAUGCACCGAUAGACUGGCUAUUACACCUCUUACAGAUAGGUGUUACAUAACGUUGGCCCAAGCCGUAGGUAUGAAUUUUGGGGGUGCACCCGCGGGUCCAGCAGGUACUGGAAAAACAGAAACCACGAAAGAUAUGGGGAAGGCUCUUGGAAAAUACGUCGUCGUAUUUAAUUGCUCUGAUCAAAUGGAUUUUCGCGGUCUAGGAAGAAUAUUUAAAGGAUUAGCUAUGGCUGGCAUAUGGGGUUGUUUCGACGAAUUCAAUCGAAUAGAUUUACCCGUUUUAUCGGUGGCUGCUCAACAAAUAGCAAUUGUACUCACAGCAAGAAAGGAAAGAAAGACAAAGUUUCUCUUUAGCGACGGUGAAAUCUAUUAUUUAAAUUACGAGUUCGGAAUCUUCAUCACGAUGAACCCUGGUUACGCUGGUCGCCAAGAAUUGCCAGAAAAUUUGAAGAUACAAUUUAGAAGCGUGGCUAUGAUGGUCCCUGAUAGACAAAUAAUUAUGCGCGUAAAACUGGCAGCCUGCGGUUUCAAAGAAAACGUUUUAUUGUCACGGAAAUUUUAUACAUUGUACAAAUUAUGCGAAGAGCAACUCAGCAAACAAGUGCAUUACGAUUUUGGUUUGAGGAAUAUAUUGUCCUGUUUACGAACUCUGGGUGCUCAGAAGCGAGCAAAUCCUACUGAUUCUGAAGAAACUACUCUGAUGAGGGUUUUAAGAGACAUGAAUCUGUCGAAGUUAGUAGAUGAAGAUGAACCUCUGUUCAUGUCUCUCAUCGAUGAUAUGUUCCCAGGAAUUAAACUCAGAGUUCAAACGUACAAAGAUUUACAAAAGGCGAUUGCAAAUGCAACUGUUGCACUUGGUAUAACGAAUCACGCCGAGUGGAACUUAAAAGUAGUUCAACUCUACGAAACCUCUCUUGUUCGUCAUGGUUUGAUGGUGCUUGGACCAACGGGAGCUGGAAAAACGCAGUGUAUGUGGACGCUUAUGAGAGCCUUGACAGAAAUGGGUAUGCCGCACAAAGAAGUUAGAAUGAAUCCCAAAGCCAUAACUGCGUCCCAAAUGUUUGGAAGGCUUGAUGUAGCGACAAACGACUGGACUGAUGGAAUAUUUUCCACUAUAUGGAGAAGAUCCACACAUACAAAGAAAAAUGAAAAUCUAUGGAUGGUUCUGGAUGGACCUGUAGACGCAGUAUGGAUUGAGAACCUUAAUUCUGUCUUGGAUGACAAUAAAACAUUAACUUUAGCUAAUGGUGAUCGUAUAAUCAUGGCGUCGAACAGUAAAUUAGUCUUUGAGCCUGAUAACGUUGAUAAUGCAUCACCGGCUACGGUAUCACGUAUGGGAAUGGUGUUCAUGAGUGCUUCCGUGUUAAAGUGGAGUCCUAUUUUAGAGGGGUGGUUCAAAAAACGACCACCUGCGGAGGUAGAUGUAUUGCGUGGGUUCUUUAACAAAAUAUACAACGAUGCUCAUACAUUUGUUCAAACAAAGCUUCCAGUAAAAAUGGUUCUUUUAGAAGCUAUAUACAUAAGACAAUGCAUAGAUUUAUUGGAGGGUUUGCUCGGUAAAAGUGAUAACCAUGAUUCAAAGAUAUUGUCAGAUCAUCAUAUUGAAAAAAUAUUCCUGUUUUCACUUAUGUGGAGUUUAGGAGCGGUGUUAGAAUUAGAGGAACGUAACAUGUUACAGGACUUUUGUGUUCGUCACGAAUCAAAAUGUCAUUGGCCCCACUGUCAGGAAGACGAAACUAUCUUUGAGUACUUGGUAUCGGAUGACGGACAUUGGAUACAUUGGUCUAAAAAGGUCCCAGAGUUUACAUAUCCAUCAGAUGAAGUUCUGAAUUAUUAUUCAAUUCUGGUUCCAAACAUAGAUAAUACGAGAACGUUGUUUUUAAUCGAUACUAUUGCAAAGCAGAAGAAGGCUGUACUAUUGAUAGGAGAACAGGGUACGGCGAAAACUGUAAUGAUUAAAGGUUACAUGGCCAAUUACGAUCCCGAAGAGCAUUUGUAUAAAUCUUUUAGUUUUUCUUCAGCCUCUACGCCCAACAUGGUUCAGCGUGUAUUUGAGAGUUAUGUGGAGAAAAGAGUCGGAAAUACCUAUGGACCUCCAGGUAGUCGCAAGAUGACCAUCUUUAUCGACGAUAUAAACAUGCCAGAAAUAAAUGAAUGGGGUGAUCAAAUUACGAACGAGAUUGUUCGUCAAUUGAUGGAAUACGGAGGCUUUUAUUCGUUAGAUAAGCCGGGUGAUUUUUGUAUUUUACAAGAAAUUCAGUUAAUCGCUGCCAUGAUUCACCCAGGCGGUGGUAGAAACGAUAUCCCCCCGAGAUUGAAAAGACAAUUUAACAUAUUUAAUUGUACACUACCUUCAAAUAAAUCAAUGGAUACGAUUUUCAGAUCCAUUGGUGAAGGAUACUUCUGCAGCAGCAGAUUUGAAGAAAUUAUCGUGAACUUCUUACCAAAAUUGGUACCUUUGACCAGGGUGUUAUGGCAGCAGACCAAGUUGAAGAUGCUGCCAACACCAGCAAAGUUUCAUUACGUUUUUAAUCUAAGAGAUCUAUCUCGAAUUUGGGAAGGUAUACUCAGAAUCGAGAGAGCUGAAUGCGACUCUGUAACCCGACUGCUGAAGCUUUGGGAACACGAGUGUACUCGUGUAAUCGCUGAUCGAUUUACAUCGAGUACAGAUACCCAGUGGUUCCAAGCCACGUUAAGACGCACAGCUGAGAAGAUGUUAGGUUCCGAUUUUAGUUAUUACAUUGCCACUGAAACUUAUUUUGUCAACUUCCUGCGUGAACCACCGGAACCCACCGGGGACGAGCCAGACGAUUUUGUAUUAGAAGCGCCGAAAAUCUACGAAGAAAUACCAAGUUAUGAUGCUGUGAUCGCGAAAGUUCGUCAAAACAUGGAUCAAUUCAACGAGUAUAUUCGUGGAAUGCAACUUGAUUUAGUGUUCUUCCACGAUGCACUUGUGCAUCUGAUUCGUAUAUCGAGAAUCCUUGGUGUUCCCAGAAGCAAUGCAAUGCUCGUAGGUAUUGGAGGAUCAGGCAAACAGAGUCUAACACGUUUGGCUUCUUUUAUUGCCGGUUUUAGUUUCUUCCAAAUAACGUUAACCAGGAGUUACAAUGUUGGAAGUUUAAUAGAGGAUCUGCGGAAGGUUUACCAUGCAGCGGGUACAGGGAGCAGAGGGCAGACGUUUAUAUUCACCGACAACGAAAUAAAAGAAGAAGCUUUUCUAGAAUACAUCAACAAUAUUCUAAGUGUCGGGGAAGUUGCAAAUCUCUUCCCUCCUGAUGAACUUGACGAAGUCGUAACAGAAUCCAUUCCAUUGAUGAAGAUUGACGAUCCAAGGUGUCCACCGACGCCGGAUAAUCUUUAUCGUUAUUUUAUAUCACGCGCACGAAAUCAAUUGCACGUAGUUCUUUGCUUCUCACCAGUUGGAGAGAAAUUCAGAUCUCGGGCAUUAAAGUUCCCUGCCCUGAUAUCUGGCUGUACAAUUAAUUGGUUUUGGAAAUGGCCAAGAGAUGCAUUAUAUGAAGUGAGUAAUCACUUUUUGGAAAAGUACAAGGUGAUAUGCACUCCAGAAAUAAAGCGUCAAUUAAUUGAAGUUAUGGGAGACAUACAAGAUGAUGUUAACGAUACUUGCAUGAAAUACUUUGAUAGAUUUCGAAGAGAGACAUACGUUACUCCAAAAUCAUUUCUUACAUUUUUGGUUGGAUACAAGAUACUAUACAAACAACGUUUGGACAAUAUUAACAUGCUUGCUUUCCGUAUGAGCAGUGGUUUGAACAAAUUAGUGGAUGCUGCGGCUCAGGUCGAUGAAUUGCGAAAGGUCUUAGAAAAGAAUCAGCAGGAAAUCGCGGAAAAGAACGUGCAAGUGGAAGCUAUUCUAGUCACUGUUAAUCAGAAGAAAAGCGAAGCAGAGACAGUGAAAGCAAAAGUUCAAGUUUCCAAAGAAGAGGCUGAGACCAUCUUAAAAGUAAUCGCGAAAGAAAAGUCUGCAGCGGAACAGAAAUUGAAAGCUGCUGAACCUGCGUUGCUUGCAGCAGAAUCUGCAUUACAGACUAUAAAAGCUGCUGAUAUUGCUACCGUUCGAAAACUAGGAAAACCACCUUACUUAAUUACUCUUAUAAUGGAUUGUGUGAUAAUAUUGUUUGGAAGAAAAUUAGAACCAGUUAAACCUGACUAUGAUCGGCAAUUUUUAACGCCUUCUUGGCCAGAAGCUUUAAAAGUGAUGGCUGAUACAAGGUUUCUGUACAAUUUGCAAAAUUUUCCGAAGGAUAACAUCAACGCAGAAACUGUUGAUUUAAUGCAACCUUAUUUAAGUUAUCAUUUGUACACUUAUGAGGCUGCAAAGCAGGCUUGCGGAAAUGUUGCUGGUCUUAUUCAGUGGACUAUUUCGAUGGUUACAUUUUAUGGGAUAAAUAAAGAUGUUCUUCCUUUGAAAGCGAAUUUAGCUGUUCAAGAAAGCAAAUACGAGAAAGCGAAUCGAAACUUGUCGGAAGCUGAAAGUCUUUUGAAAGCCAAAGAUGAAGAUUUGAAAGUGGUACAACAAGAAUAUGAUGGAGUGAUGGAAGAGCGUCAAAAAAUAGUUGAUCUAGCUGAAAUUUGCCAAGCAAAAACAGAUACAGCGACUGCAAUGAUCGAAGGACUUUCGGGUGAAAGGGUCAGAUGGACCGAACAACUGGCUACGUUUAAAUCAGAAACUGAUCGUCUUGUUGGAGACAUUUUGAUUCUAGUCGGUUUCUUGUGCUAUUGUGGACCCUUUAAUCAGGAAUUUAGAAAUCUAUUACAGCGACGGUGGUUUGACUUCAUUCAAGCUCGAAAAAUUCCAAUUUCUCUCACAAUCAAUAUUACGAAUUCUUUAAUCGAUACUGCUACAAUCGGAGAAUGGAGUUUGCAAGGCCUACCGACAGAUGAUUUAUCCAUUCAAAAUGGAAUCAUAGUAACGAGAGCAAAUAGAUACCCUCUUUUAAUAGAUCCUCAAUUGCAAGGUAAAGCGUGGAUUAAGAACAAAGAGGAAGACUUUUCUUUGCAGGUAACACUUAUUACACACAAGUAUUUUAGAAAUCAUUUAGAAGAUUGUGUUUCUCUUGGUCGUCCUUUGCUUAUUGAAAAUGUGGGAGAAGAGUUAGAUCCAGUGUUAGAUAACUUACUAGAGAAAAAUUUCAUAAAGAUAGGAACCUCGUUAAAGGUCAAAUUAGGAGAUAAAGAAGUGGAUAUCCAUCAGGAUUUCAGACUUUAUAUCACCACAAAAUUGCCAAAUCCAUCAUACAGCCCAGAGAUAUUUGCUCGUACUGCUAUAAUUGAUUUUACUGUUACCAUCAAAGGAUUAGAAGAUCAAUUAUUAGGAAGAGUGAUAUUAACCGAAAAGAAAGAACUUGAAACGGAGAAGACACAAUUGAUAGCAGAUGUAUCUGCAAAUAAUAGAAAGAUUAAAGAAUUGGAAGCUAAUUUGCUACAUAAAUUAACCAUUGUGGAGGGUCCCUUGAUAGAAGAUGUAGAAUUAAUGUCUGUAUUAAACAUUACGAAACAAACGGCAGCCGAAAUAAACGAGAAGUUAAAUAUCGCAAAAGAUACGGAAUUAAGAAUUGACACCGCACGAGAAGAAUUUAGGCCUGUCGCAACACGUGGCAGUGUUCUAUACUUUUUAAUUUGCGAUAUGACUCUGGUCAAUUGCAUGUAUCAAACUUCGCUCGUGCAAUUUUUAGAACGUUUUGAUAUUUCUAUGGAAAGAUCCGAGAAGAGUCCAGUUAAUCAGAGAAGAAUAGUUUAUAUCAUUGAAUAUCUCACGUAUGAAAUAUUCAGAUACAAAGCGCGAGGUCUUUAUCAGAUACAUAAAUAUAUGUUCAGCUUGUUAAUGACACUGAAGAUCGAUCUACAGCGUGAGGCUAUUACUUAUGAUGAAUUUCAGUAUCUCAUCAAAGGCGGUGCGGCUUUAGAUUUAAAUAAUGUUACACCAAAACCUUGCAAAUGGAUUUCUGAUGUCAGCUGGCUCAAUUUAGUCGCGCUUUCUUCUUUGAGACAGUUUCAAUACAUUGUUUCUCAAGUACCAGCUUCUGAGAAACUUUGGAAAAGUUGGUUUGAUAAACCGGCCCCAGAAGAAGAAGUGAUACCAAAUGGAUAUAAUAAUUUGGAUACUUUUCGACGCUUAUUGUUAAUAAGAGCUUGGUGCAUGGACAGAACGUUAUCACAAUCACGAAAGUAUAUCGCCCAUUCAUUAGGAGAAAAAUAUGCGGAACCUGUUAUUACUCGUUUGGAUAUAAUGCACAGUGAAUCAAGGCCAGAUACACCAAUGAUUUGCUUCCUAAGUAUGGGGUCGGAUCCGACUCCUGGUAUCGAACAACUUGCUAGGAGAUUGGAGGUUCGAUGCAAAAGUAUUUCAAUGGGUCAAGGACAGGAAGUUCAUGCGCGGAAAUUGCUUCAAAGCGCCAAAACUGAAGGUUACUGGGCAUUAUGUCAAAAUUGUCAUUUAGGUUUAGAAUACAUGGAAGAAUUGAUUCUUUUUAUUUCGGAGAUGGAGGAUCCAGAUCCUAAUUUUCGUAUAUGGAUCACUACAGAACCCCAUAAACAAUUUCCAAUAUCUCUUCUUCAAAUGUCCAUAAAAUAUACUUAUGAACCUCCACAAGGGGUACGAGCCGGUUUGCUUUCUACGUAUAGUGGGAUGAAUCAAGACAUGCUAGAUCAGUGUGAUGCUCCACAAUAUAUACCAAUUAUAUAUACAGUAUCAUUUUUGCAUACUGUUGUUCAAGAACGACGAAAAUUUGGACCUCUCGGUUGGAAUAUACCAUACGAAUUUAAUCUGUCCGAUUGGUUGGCAUCUUGCAUAUUCAUUAACAACCAUUUGAAUGAUGCUGACAUAAAACAAGGAAUUAGUUGGCAGACUGUUAGAUAUAUGAUAGGAGAGGUGCAAUACGGAGGACGUGUCACAGAUGACUAUGACAAAAGAUUAUUAAACACAUUUACCAAAAUUUGGUUCUCAGAGGCACUAUUUUCUGAGGAUUUUGUAUUCUACAAAGGAUAUUCGGUCCUUGUUUAUAAGCAAGUUACAGAUUACUUGAAGGUAGUAGAAGAAAUGGCUUCUAUAGAUCCACCUCAAGUUUAUGGUUUGCAUCCUAAUGCAGAUAUUACAUAUCAAGCAAGUACUACACAAACUGUAUUAGAUACAAUAAUGUCUGUGCAACCGAAAGAGGCGGGCGCUGAGGGUGGUGAAUCUAGAGAAGCACUUGUAACCAGACAAUCAAAGGAUAUGCUAGAAAAAUUACCACCACCUUAUGAUCCAUUUGAAGUAAAAUAUAGAUUACAGAUAUUAGGUAGUACUGCACCAAUGAAUAUUUUCUUAAAGCAAGAAAUUGAUAGAAUAGAAGUAGUUAUUGAACUCGUGAAUAAGAUGCUCAACAAUCUUCUACUUGCCAUAGAAGGUGUUAUAAUAAUGAGUGAGGAAUUGAGAGAUGCUCUUGAUAAUAUAUAUGAUGCCAGGAUACCAAAAGCAUGGAAAGCUAAGUCAUGGGAAUCUUCCACUCUUGGGUUUUGGUUUACUGAACUAUUAGAUAGAAAUAAGCAAUUUUCUACUUGGUUGAAUAGUGGAAGGCCUGUCAAAUUCUGGAUGACCGGAUUCUUUAAUCCUCAAGGAUUUCUUACUGCAAUGCGUCAGGAAGUAACAAGAGCUCAUAAAGGAUGGGCUCUAGACAAUGUUACAUUACAUAAUGAUGUUUUACGAUAUUCAGUAGAAGAAAUAAAGACCCCACCUCACGAGGGAGUAUAUGUGUAUGGAUUAUACCUUGAAGGGGCUGGUUGGGAUAAAAGAAACAAUAUAUUAUGUGAAUCAGCAAAUAAAGUUUUAUACGUGUUAAUGCCUGUGAUUCAUAUUUUUGCCUUGUACAACCUUCCAGAUAAAGACCCAAAAUUAUAUCAGUGUCCAGUGUAUACAAAGCCAAGUAGAACAUACAUGCUAUUAGUAACACCAUUAUGGUUACAAACAAAAAGACCACCCGAUUUUUGGAUUAUACGCGGAGUUGCAUUACUAUGCGAUGUUAAAUAAUUGAAUGAGAAAGUAAUUAAGAAGAAAAUAAUUAUGAACCAUUCUAAAUUCAUGUACAUUUAGUUAAA